UCUUUAAUCUCUCUCAACUCUCAAGCCGCCAACCAUCCAGUUCCACCAGUCGCUUCCCUCGUUCGCCGGCCACAUCCCUCAUCCGCCGGCCAUUCACCAUCCGUCGGCUAUCAACCGUCAGCCAGUCAUUCAAAACGCACAGCCUCAAGGUAUCCAGCGACGUUUCAGUUAGCGAUCUCGUACGAUUAAACACAACCGACAUGAGUACCGGAGACCUUCUCAGCAUCGAGCCACAGGAGCUUCAGUUUGCUUUUGAAUUGAAGAAGCAGACCUCAUGUUCCAUGCAGUUACAGAAUACAACGGAUGAUCAUGUGGCUUUUAAGGUGAAAACUACGAAUCCGAAGAAGUAUUGUGUUAGGCCUAACUCUGGGAUUGUGUUUCCUCGCUCUACUUGCGAUAUUAUAGUUACAAUGCAAGCUCAAAAGGAGGCUCCUCCUGACAUGCAAUGCAAGGAUAAGUUUUUGCUUCAAAGUGCAGUUGCACCUGCUGGAACUUCUGCAAAAGAUAUCACUCCCGAGCUGUUUAACAAGGAGUCAGGUAAUAAAGUGGAGGAAUGCAAAUUAAAAGUUAACUAUGUCCCUCCAAAACGACCACCGUCACCAGUUCGAGAAGGGUCAGAAGAGGGUUCAUCUCCAAGGGGUUCAAUAUCUGACAACGGGGCAGUAAAUUUGAUCGAUUCUAAUACUGCUCCAAGAUCAUUUGCUGAAUCUCAAGAUAUAUCGUCUGAGGCGAUGACCCUUAUUUCUAAGCUGACUGAAGAGAAAAAUUCUGCCAUUCAGCAAAGUAAAAGGCUCCAUCAAGAACUGGAACUUUUGAGGCGUCAAGGAAACAAAAGCAGUGGUGGCAUCCCGUUGAUAUAUGUUCUUCUGAUUGGUUUGGUCGGGCUGCUCUUGGGAUAUAUGUUCAAAUAGUGAUCAACUCUCUUCUUCGUCAGUUUUGUGUUUUAACCUAACCCUUCUUGUGUCGAAUCUAGUUUCAUGAUAGAGCUCAAAAUGGUGUGAAGACAUGCUCAAAUGGUGUUCUUCAGUUUGUGUUAUUUAAGUAGCUUUUCUUUAUAUGUUUGAUUGGGUUGGUGAAUUGGUAGAUGGUUUUCAUGGUGCUUUUGGCCUUCCGUUUUUCUAAUCUUCGAUGUCUAGAUCGUUAUUUGGUGUGCUCUUUUAUAUGUAGUAUUGGCCUGUAAAAUAUUACAUCAUAAGCAUCAGUCUUAUUGAUCUAUGGUUAAAAUUUUCUCUCUGGUAGUUUAUGUAAAGGGUUGCUUGACUAA